ACGGUCAUCUGAGUUAAUAUCCGAGGUCGAGACUGCAAUGAGGAGAAGUCUCCAAAUCCGAACCGAAACGAAAUAGGCCGGACCGAAAAUUAGUGAGACAGAAUUUGCCUUUCGCCUCGCCAGUCAGCAAAAGAUGAUUCCGAACCGAGAGAGCCCUCAUUACCCCAGAUCUCCGCGUUCUGAGUCCCCGGAUCAGAGAUAUAACUAAGGAACCUUCAGCCUCAAUCCAUUCUUAGCGCUUCAUCAUCAAACAUCACACUUCCAUCCUCACUUCAUUGUAUCAUUCUCAUCACAAUCCAUCAUGUCUACCACUACUACAAUGGAGAUGGAGCAGACCGUCGCUGCUCGCUUCGAGACCAAGGAUCUCGUCGAGUUUGACCCCAAUGUCGUCUACGGCGACUGGAGAGAUGAGUUCCACAAGACAGGCUGUGUUCUGAUCAAGAAUGUCAUCAGCAAAGAGAAAGCUCAAUACUACUGCGACAAGCAGAUUGAGUGGCUCAAGAAGUUCGAGCUUGGCUUUGAUGAGAAGGACCCCAGCACUUGGAAUGCGGAUCAUCUUCCUGUCUCCUUCAAGGGAGGUAUGUAUUACGGAUACGGCGCUACCCACGAGAAGAUGGCUUGGGAAGCACGCACCGAGCCCAAGGUUGUUGAGAUCUUUGAGAAGCUCUGGGGAACCAAGGAGCUCCUGUGCUCUUUUGACGGUCUCAAUGUCUCCCUGCCUAACCGAACCGAUAUCACUUGGAGCCCUUGGCCUCACUGCGAUCAAAACCCCGAGCGCAAGGGCAUGCAAGCCGUGCAGGGUCUUCUAAACUUUGCCCCCAACGGCCCCAAGGACGGUGGUCUCAUGCUCAUGAAGGGCUCUUCCAAGCUCUUCAAUGAGUUCUUUGCUCAAAAGCGCGACUCCGCUGAUCAUGAGGAUGCUCCUCCUCCUGAGAUCAAGUACAUGGACUUGUUCAUCUUCAGCGAGAAGGACGUCAAGUGGUUUGAGGAGCGAGGAUGCACUAUGUACAAGGUUGACAUGGAGCCCGGUGAUUUUGUUCUUUGGGACUCUCGUACCAUGCAUUAUGCUCGAUUCCCUGAGGGCGAUCAGAUCCGACAUGUGCAGUACAUCUGCAUGACACCACGACAAUUCGCAACAGAGGAAGCUCUUAAGGCCAAAUCCUUUUGCUUCAACAACUACAUGGGCACUACACAUUGGCCUCAUUGCAACAUCCGCAUCGCCCAGGAGAAGCCUAUGAGGAAUGGCGAGAUCUGCCCUAAGUACCGUACAGAACCUUUUGAGAAGCCCGAAGUAACGGAUCAGAUACUUCGAUUGGCAGGUGUUAAGUCUUAUGAUGAAUGAUGGAAAAUAUUGGGAAUGGGUCGUGGGGGAGAAUGGUAGCCUAGAUCAUUUUGUUACAGUAUCUAAGACUUUUCGCAAUACAGUUUUUUCUGCA